UUAUUUUUCGAAUCGGCCCUUCAACGGGGUCGUGAUCUGAUUUUUCGGGGUGUUCCUUAUGGUGCAUUGUUAAGCUGUAUUUUGCUCUAAAUUGAAGCAUCGUGAUCUGGGUAGCCUCAGUCCCUAGGGUCUUUUAUGAAUUGGCCGAUGUCAGAAUUACCCUUCAGACCAAGAGAGAAGCUUACUGAGAAGCAGAAAUAUUUCCAAAAUAUCCGUAAAUACACCCACCUGAAAGGACCAAAUGAUAAGAUCACUUCUGUGGCAAUACCCCUUGCCCUGGCAGCAUCUUCAAUCUUCCUGAUUGGAAAAGGGAUUUAUAAUAUGUCCCAUGGAAUAGGGAAGAAAGAAUGACGUGGUAAUUUUUAAGGCAGCAGGAACCUCCUCAUUGAAUUCUAUUGCAGUUAUAUAUGUUUGUUUCCAUUAAUAAAUUUGCUUACUUGCGUGGCAAAACUUUGGUCGCCAGUGGAAGUCGAGAACUUUGAAAGAAAUUAGAAUUUUCCUUGUGUU